AUGGCAGCACGACACGUCGCGAACCCGCUACGGGGAGUAAUAUGUCAAUUGAGCAGGACAAGCGUUGCACAGGAUGGCCUUGCCAAGACCCCCCGUCUCACCCGCUCAAUCACUACCGAAACGACCGUCUCCUCUCCUGAUGCCGCGCAGCUGUAUGCCUCAGCAAAUCUCACAAGUUCACCCAAGAGCACCACUACCUCUACGAGCCCCUCGCCCGCGCCCAUUGGCCCACAGGCCGUCACAACUAUCAUCUACUCGUUCCCAGCUCUCGAACCUCUUCGCUUCGAAUACUACCCAGUAAACCACCUCUAUCUACCUACCCGUCGAGAUAUCCUGCACCGCGCCAUCGUCUACGAGGGUGAUAUGACACGCUUGGGCACGGCCUCGACUAAAUGGCGCGAAGAGGUCCACGGUUCGACGAGGAAAGUUCGACCACAGAAGGGUAGUGGUAAAGCACGUCUUGGUGACAAGAAGUCCCCCAUGCUACGGGGUGGUGGUGUGGCAUUCGGGCCCAAGCCCCGCGACUUCAGCACCAAGCUACCACGGAAGGUGUACGAUCUGGCGUGGCGGACGGCGUUGAGCUAUCGGUACCGGAAGGGGGAGUUGAUCAUCGUAGAUGAGAGCUUGGAAAUGGAGGAUUACAGUACCGGAUACGCCAGGGAGGUGUUUGAGGCGCAUCAAUGGGGCCGACCGCAUGGUCGGAGUUUACUAGUGACCGAGGGGCCAAGGCACGAGCGGACGAACCUGUUCAGGGCUCUUGAUGGUAUGGGGGAGGAGGGAAGGGCCUUGACGUGGGAAGAGGUGGAUGUUAAGGAUUUGCUGGAAAUGGGGAGAAUAGUGGUGGAGAAGGGAGCACUGGCCAGGAUUCUGGAGGCCCAUCAAACCGAUUUGACGAAGACCAAGAGGCUAGUGAACAAGCUGCAGUAG